AUGCGCAACGCGUCAACGGAGUGCAGCAGCAGUUAAAGAUGAAGACUCCGCCAGACAGAGCGGGCAUCACAUUUGCAGUAGGAGCUCAGCUGGAGGCUCGUGACAAGCACAACAAAUGGUAUUCUGGGAGGAUCCAGCAGCUUGACACAGAGAACCAGCAAGUCCUUGUCCAGUACCGGCGCUGGUCCAAACGGUACCAGGAAUGGUUCCACUGGGACUCCCCCCACAUCAGAGGACUGGACCGGGUCAGUCUGAGGAAACAAGGGCUGGACAAGACCGGCCAGAAACCGUUGUACAGUGUUGGCUCUAAAGUGAUGGCGUGCUGGACUGAUUGUAAAUUCUACCCGGCCAAAAUCUUGAGAGUGAACAAGGAUGAUUCCUACACUGUGAGGUUUUUUGAUGGAGUAAUUCGUACAGUGAGACCCACCAAGAUCAAACCCUAUGAUGAGAAAUGGAAACUAGACAAUUCAAGUGAAGAGUGGGACAGUGACUCGGAGGUAGAGAAGGAAGGAGAGAAGAAACUAGCAGAGAAGGAAGAAAAUGAAGACAUAGGAGAGGAAGCAAAAAAGUACAGUGGAGAGACAGACACAGGAGGAGACAAAACAAAGGAGGAUAUAGGAGACAAGGAUUUAGGAGAUAAAGACUUAGGAGACAAGGACUUAGGAGACAAGGGUAUAGAAGACAAGGUUGUAGCAGACAGGGAUGAAAAACUUGAUUCAGAAAAAAACAUAGUGAAGGAGGAACAUAAUCAAGAAAAUUUACCAGAAUUAAAUGAAAAUAAGAAAGAAGUGCCUGAGGAUGAGAGAAAGGAGCCUGCUGCUGAUGACCAAGGGGGCAAAGAGGCAGGAAGUAAAGAGGAUGAGACCAAGGAGGGACGGACGAGGGAUGCAGGCGAGAGGCAGAGAAAGAGGAGAGCGGAGCUUCUAACCACAGCUCGAGCCAAACGGAAACGCAUCCGUGAACGAAACUCAACCCAAGAGGCCACUUCCAUCAACCAAGAUCAGCCAAUCACAGGAGAUCACAUUGUACAAGGCCCCACCCCCAUUGACAGAGAAGUUCUGCUGGAGAGACAAGCCCACCUCCCGACCACCCACAAGUUCAGCCGAGAACCACUCUACAGAGUGAUAAAGCGGCAGCCUCCUCCUAUUCUUUCUAUUGAAUUGGAUCAUAACGAGUUCAAAUGUCCUGCUCCAAACUGUACAAAGUCUUUCAGGAAGAGCUCUCUGCUGCACUGCCACCUAAAGUACUACCACAGUACUGCUGUUCAGAGUACUACAGUAACUACAGCGAGAGAGAGAAGAAAGCGGCUGUCGUCUGAGGGCAUCUCUGAUGCAUCUGAGUCUAAACUGGAUCUUGGCACCUGUCGCCAUGGAGAUGAGGAAACAGUCCCAGUGGAGACAGGUCCAAAGACAGACCCCAGCAAAACUACAAGAAGAGAGCGCAUUAGAGACAGGAAGCACUUCCUCCGGGUCAAACUCAAAAAAAAGAAAAAGAAGAAGAAGAAGAAAAAGAGGAGAAGUCAUACAGUGUUCUGCAGUAGCGAGGAUGAACAUAUGGACCAUCCUUCAGUCCCCAACAACCUGGAUCCACCCAGACCUGGUACAAGCCCACCCAGACCCGGUGCAGAGGAGGGCAGUGAUUGGUCCACGCUGACGGCUGAGAGUGGCGAGGACACGCCCACCUGGCCUGUUUCCAUAGAGACAGAGAGUGAUGUUGUCAGGUGUGUUUGUGAAGUAAAUGAGGAGAGUGACUUCAUGAUUCAGUGCGAUCAGUGCCAGUGUUGGCAGCAUGGGACCUGCCUGGGCCUCCUGGAGCACCACCUUCCACAGAGCUACACAUGUUUCACCUGUCGGGGCUCAGCGCAGACUCCUAUCAGGUCCAGGGACAGGAGGAAGCUCUGCUCUGAUUGGCUGACGGAUGGUCACAUGUUUGGGUUGUCAUGUUUGGAAGAAAACUUCUCAGAGCAGAACUCGGAGCAGAUUGCACAUACGCGCCGUCUGUUAGCACACAGUCAUACUAUCGCCACGGUAGCUGCAGCCAUUGGGCUCAAGCUCCGCCUCUUGCAGACCGGGUCAGAGGCCGAGCUACAGUUCUGGAGGUUGCCAUGGAGACGUGAGGAAGGGGAGGAGCCCAAAGUUGUGUGCUAUGUGAGCAGUGAGCACUGCUAUCAGAAACCUGCCCUAACUCAGGCAAGUCCAGAGGAAUUCAAAGUAGAACCAGACCAGGACCACAGACCGGCCCAACCCUCAGAGACCUGCACAAGUCCAGAGCUCAACCUUUUGGACCACAUUGAGAGUCUGCAACAGGAAAUCUGCCACCGCCUGGAGCGGAUGGAGACUGAGCUGGAUGGCCUGGAGUCCUGGAUGGACGAGCUGGAGUCAGCUGACCCUUUGCCUCGCCUCCCGGAGCUAAAGCAACGAAUCCGACGGCUUCUGCGGGACCUGAGCACCUUGCGGCAGCUGUCUGUGUCUUCCUGACCAAUCUAAGGGCAGUGUGGAGUGAUGUGACAGGACCAUCAAGUAUUUUAUGAUUAAUUGUUUUGUUUUUAAGAGUUUAAUACAAUGUGUUUAGUUUGCAACUUUUGGUUUGGUUUUUAUUUAAAAAGUUUUAUAAACAUUGUUCUAUUAUGAACAGUCUGAGCACUGGUUUAGGAAUUUUACGUUUUACGUCAUGGUUAAAAAAAAAAAAAGAUUGUUCUGAAAAUUUUUCAGUUCUCAUAUCUGUUAGAGUUGUACAGUACAACAACCUGCUCCUCCGCCUGGAUUAAAGCAACAACAUUAGGUAAAGAUGCAAUCACCCAUUUGUGGUUGGAUACAGACUUGUUCAUUUGCACCAUGUAAAAUUGCACAGUGCUGUUGAAUCAUCUGCAUAUUUCAGACGCUGAGCUGUGGUAAAACAAACAAGAACACAGACUCCGCUCACACCUCCAGAGCGAAUAGUUCUCUAAAUGUAUAAAGUGUAAAAAAUAAGUUUACUAAAUGUAAAUGUGUAAAACUGUUGUGAAUAAAGUCGUUUGACUUGACCUAUUUUAA